AUGACAAUCAGAAAAAAGAAAGUACGAAAACAAAACCACAAAAUGGCAGAAACUGCAGAAGUAUCCACAUCAAGUCCCACUGAACUGUUGGCUGCUGGCCGCAGACAUCUUGCCGUGAGAGACUUCAAUGUUGCUGCUAGUACAUUAGCGAAAGCUUGUGAAGCACUAGCAAACGAGCACGGAGAUACUGCGGACCAGUGUGCUGAAGCAUACUUAUGGUAUGGUAAAGCACUACUUGGUUUGUCCAGAGAGGAAAGUGGGGUUCUUGGUGAUGGUAUGCCAGGCAGUGGCAAUGCUGACGAGGAAGAAGAAAAUGAAGUAGAACAAGAAGACAAUGCAGAUGAACAAAGCGCAGAAAAAAUGGAGGGUUCACCACCAGCUAAAGCACAGACAGAGAAUAAAGAGGUAGAGAAGAGUGAAGCUCAAUCCACCACCAAAGAAGAUGAACCUGGUAGCAGCACUAAUGCUGAAGUUGCAGAGGUGCCUGUUACCACAAAUGUUGAUUCAAAUGACGAUGAGUCUCCUGAGACCUUGGAAAAUGAAGAUGAUGUUGAUAAUUUGCAACUCGCCUGGGAAAUGCUUGACCUGUCGCGCAGCAUCCUGUACCGGCGCGUGUCGCGCGCGCCCAGCAGCGCCGCGCGCGCGCUCCUGGCCGAGGUGCUCCUCGCGCUGGGAGAGGUCGCGCUCGAGAGCGAGACCUACGACAAGGCCGUCAGCGACAUGCAAAGCUGCUUGGAUAUUCAGAAAGAAUUGUAUCGCAGCGAUGACAGGCGUAUCGCCGAAACUCACUAUCAAAUUGGCUUGGCGAAUUCCCUCGCUUCCAACUUCGAGGACGCCAUCACGCAUUUCAAAAACGCAGCGAACAUUCUAGAGACACGCAUCAAGACGCUAGAGAAUCCUACUUCUGUCUCUGAAGACGCUACCGUCAAGAAAUAUACCACUGCAGACCCGUUCUAUUCCGUCGAAGGAGAAAUCAAGGAGUUAAAAGAACUGCUACCUGAAAUACAAGAGAAGAUUCAGGAUAUGAUGGAUUAUAAGGCAGAGACCAUAAAGCGAGUUCGUGAAAGCUUGUGCUCUACCAACGGAUCCGGACCCAGUGGAGAAGGUUCGUCCACCAGCGCUGCCGCAGCUAGUUCCAGCUCUUCAGAACCUAAACCUGCGGCAUCUGACAUCUCUCACCUGAUCAAAAGAAAAAGAAAAUCGAGCGAUGGAGACGCAGACUCAUCAGCAGCUAAAAGAGCUAAUACGUGA